AUGGAUUGGAAGUUUCUCGAAGGUCUUCUUAGUGGAGUCAACAAAUACUCCACAGCCUUCGGACGCAUCUGGCUAUCAGUGGUCUUCGUCUUUCGGGUGCUGGUCUUCGUGGUGGCUGCCGAGCGCGUGUGGAGUGAUGACCAGGGACACUUUGACUGCAACACCCGGCAACCAGGUUGCACCAACAUCUGCUAUGAUUACUUCUUUCCCAUCUCCCACAUUCGCCUGUGGGCGCUCCAGCUCAUCUUCGUCACCUGCCCUUCAUUCAUGGUGGUGUUACACGUGGCCUACAGAGAAGAGCGGGAACGCAAGUACCAGGCCAAGCACGGCGAGAACACUCGGCUGUACGACAACCCGGGCCAAAAGCACGGCGGGCUCUGGUGGACUUAUCUGAUGAGCCUGUUUACCAAAACCGCCUUCGAAAUCCUGUUUCUCUACGUGCUCCACUACAUCUAUGACACCUUCAAGCUGCCCAGGAAAGUCCAGUGUGAUAUCAGUCCCUGUCCCAAUUUGGUGGACUGCUACAUUUCCCGGCCCACUGAGAAAACUGUUUUCACCUAUUUCAUGGUAGGGGCAUCUGUGGUGUGUGUUGUGCUCAACAUCUGUGAGAUUUUCUAUCUGAUUGCGUCCCGGGUGGUGAAUCUCAGACAUAGAGGCAGCAUCCACACUUCAGCUAGAAAGAUCCACCCUGGUGUGGACUGUGAUGGCUGCAAGUCCUCUCUCACAUCGUAG